AUGUGCUGGAACAAAUCCUUCAUCACCGUCAUCAUUGAGUGUACCACGAAUCCGCAAUGGGUAUCACGCUUCUUGAGAUGGCCGUGGAUGAAUGGGUCAACUGAAUGGGUCAACAGAAUCACUUCCCGUCCACCAUUUGCUCCUAAUCUACUACUUCAAAACGCCAAUGUAGUUGAUUGUGAGCAAGAUAUUUCCUUCCGGGCAAGAGCACAGAAGCAGAAAAAGACACUCUGGCCCGAAUUUGCCAGGAACGAGUUAAAAGCGAACUGUAAAGAGAAGGAAAGACUUGUGAGACUUUUUGAGGCGGAUGAGAUCACAAAGAGAUUGGUAGCGACGAGUCCGUCGUCCGGAAUUAUCAGCCAAAGGAGAGAACUUGCUUGCAGACCUUCUUCGGAUCAGAUCAACGAGCUUGCCAGGUUGAUCCAGCAGGAUUCCUUUGGUCAGGCGCGUGUCUGUUGGUAA